AUGGCUCCAAUCGCUUUGCCUCAGAAUUCACCCAUACCUGUUCCUCAGGCACCUUCUGACCCCCCAACUGUCAAUGAUUUUCAUCGUGCAUGGCAGUAUCGCCGCGGCGUUGAAAGUGGCAUAUUUGCACUUGCGCCUAACGUAACGGCAACCCAUCUCACAGAUGCUCAUGCCUAUGAGACCAAGGUUUUGAUGGGAAUGUCUAACGACGUCGCGCCUCCGUGGCUUGCUGCCGCUCUCCAGCCUAUCCGGCAUGAACUUCGCAGGCUGCGAGAUGAGCUUCGCGAUUUCAGGGACGAAACCAGAGACAGCUUAGUGACCAUACAGAGAACAAGUGCAAAGACCCAUAAUAUGCUCAGCGCAGAAGGUACAAUCUGCCCCUACGAAGAAGUUCCUUUUUCCUGA